AUGAAACUUCCUCUACUAAUACUACUACUACCUGCGGUUUUAGUUUCUGCAGAAUACAUCCAAAGCGAAUUUGAAACAUUGCAUGUCCUAAAAAACCCGCAUGCAUGUUCGGAACUCUACAAAUUGCCGACUGCAGAACAGUGCCAAUUUGUGAAACAGAAUUGCAGCCUGCCUGAGGAUUCUGCAGGAUUAAUCAACUACGUAAAAUUAUAUUACUGUUCGCUGGCUCGUCAUUGGGCAUUGGCGGUGGUGUCGCUGAGCUUGGUGGUGUCGUUUUUCAGCUUGGCCCAUGCUGCGUCCGAGUUUCUAUGUCCAAACCUCUACGCGAUUUCGAAGCUCUUGGCGCUUUCAGAUAAUUUGCUGGGUCUCACGUUGUUGGCGUUUGGAAAUGGUUCUGCGGACAUCUUUUCCACCUAUCAUGCUCUUCAAACUGGCUCCAUAGGGCUAGCUACCUCGGAGCUCAUCAGUGCUGCGCUUUUCAUUCUUACGGUGGUGGUGGGGUCUAUAUCCAUCGCAAAGCCUUUUAAAGUGCCGCGGUUUUUCUUUUUCCGCGAUACGUUUUUCUAUCUUUUGAUCUCGUCGCUCGUUUUGUCUAUUCUCGUCUACGGAGCCAUCACCUACCUCACGGCUAGCGCCUUCAUCGUAUGCUACGUCGUGUAUGUUGCAUUUGCUGUCUAUAGCCACUCAUACCUGUCCAAGCUUGUGCGAACACUCACGAACAUAGCCCAUGUUCGUAGUAACUAUGCAUGGAAUCCAGAUGAAGAGACCAGUGAGUCGGACGGAGAAGGACCCGAUUUCCCUUCGAUCAACCAGCUCACUCAUAAUCUCGAUAACGAAGAAGAGGCCAUCGACGAUGAAUUUGCAGAGUUCUUGGCUUCUCAUCCCCACCCAACGCUGGAGGAACGUAUCCCGAUUGCCACAGGGUCAUAUGCAUUAAAGCUCUUGCUCAAACAGCUCAUGAAACAUUCCUCUGGUCUCAUUGCAAAAGAGCCCCGCUCUGUUACAUUGUCGCCGGAAUUAUCCCCAGAACCAGAGGUCAACAGCCCACAAUUGGGACCUCCCUUGAGACUUGGCUCCUCAGAAUAUCUUUUAGAACAGACGGAGAUCGUUCACCGCUCACUAUGGAGACAAUUAUUGCCUGAGAUCUACCCGGGCCAGUCACUCCUACUACAAUUGUAUUUAAUCAUCACUGCGCCCGCCAAUAUCUUGCUCAAAUUGACGAUCCCAAAUAGAGCGGCUUGCCUCCUAUACUGUCAGAAGCUUGAAUCCUACAACGAAGUAGAGAAUCUCGGUAUGACAGUGUCUGAUGAUGAGGAAGAGUACGACUUCACGUCCGAUUCGAUCCUCUUCAGAACGCAGAUUGUCUGUUCUGCAAUCAUGUUAAGCAUUAAGAUCCAAGAGGGAAUUUUCCUCAGUGUAGGCAUUAUAGCUGCGGCUGUUGCAUUGGUGUUCUUCACGCCAAGCGAGGGCCCAAAACUCCAAGUCAACGUCAAACAGCAUAAGGCAUGGAACUAUUUUGGCUCAGCGCUUGGGUUCUGCACGUCAUUAAUGUGGGUGUCUGUUUUUGCAUCUGAGAUCGUUACAGCUCUCAAAGCUGCUGGGUCUAUAUUUGCUGUUGGCGAUGACAAGGUAGGCGCCACACUUUUUGCGUUCGGAAAUUCGAUUGGAGACUUGGCCUCCAAUCUUUCCAUAGCGCGGAUGGGAAUGCCUGUGAUGGCAUUCAGUGCGUGUUUUGGUGGGCCGCUUCUCUCGAUCUGUUCGUUGGGUUUGAGUGCCACCAUCAUUAUGGCCAAGACCAACCGGACGAGCAUUCCUAUUCAUUUCUCCAUCGUGUUGAAGGUGACAAUUUUUGCAUUGAUCAGCACGCUUGCAUUUUUGGUAGUAUUCAUACCACGGAACAAUUGGAUGUUUGACAAGAAGGUAGGCGCCAUGCUUAUUGCAUGGUGGGUCGUUCUGAUGUCUACGGUCUUGAUAUUCUAG